UGCAACCCUGAAACUGGAUUUUUAACCGCCAUCACAGUGGACUUAAAGCUUUUAUUGGCCUCCUGGAUGAGCUGAGAGUAUCCAGGCUUUCUUUGCUGAUCGUAUCUUAUUCUGUGGAUCAGUUUACGUGCAGAUGACUGGAGGGAUUCGGACAUGAAGGAGCUGACGUGAUUAUUUUUCUCUGCUGCUUUUCGACCCUGUGGUCAUGACGCUGAGGCGGACCGUGAGUCAGCUGAUGAUGGUGAUCCUGCUGGACCUGCAUGAUAUUUGGACGCUGCCGGCUCCCAGCAGAGUUUCCAUGGACUCUGUGGACAUGAGACACACACUGAGGUGGCGCCCCCCACAGGCUCCAUGCAACACUACAGUCCUGUACUCGGUCCAGUACCAGGGGGAGUUCGAGCUGCUGCUGAGGAACGGCAGCUGGGUGGACGCUGCAGAGUGCCAGAGGAUCCCUCAGACUCACUGCGACCUGAGCUUCGACCUCGGCUCUGACUCCGACUACAACCUGCAGGUCAGAGCUGAGUGCGGCUCACAGCGUUCAGCCUGGACCCGCCUCAGCCGAGCCUUCAACCGGAGAGACACUCUGAUGACGGUUCCAGAGAUGUCGGUGACGACUUCCGGUGACGCCCUUCAGGUGACCUUCAGCAAACUUCCUCCUUCAGCCGCCGUCAGCGUGACGGUGUGGAAGAAAGGCGACGAAACGCAGGUUAUUCCUUCUUUUCAGGCUGCUGUGUUCUCGAUGCCCGCUGAGCAGACGGUGCUCCACGUCGCCGCCCUGCAGGUCGGAGUGAUGUACUGCGUCAGCGCUCAGGUCGUCCUGGACUCUCGGCUCCACAGCAGCAGCACCGACAUCCGCUGUGUGUCCAUCACAGGUUCUGCUGCCUGGAAGAGGCCGACCACCGUCACCGUCACCGUCAUCGUCAUGGCCGGUCUCCUGUUUGCUCUGUUCUGGUCCGUCGUUCACUGCCGGCCGGACGCCUGUCAGACGUAUUUCCAUAAAGAGCCGCUGCCACAGUCGCUGAAAGGUGAUUGGAGCGUUCAAAUCCCAAUCAGCCCUCAGGAGGCGGAGCUCUGUGAGGCUUGUGAGCGAAUCCCGUCGCUGCUGAGUGUCGACUCCGAGCGAAGAGCAUCAAAGACGGAUGCUGAGUUCACAGCACAUCUGGACAAACACAAACACUGAAGUUCUGUGGAGUUUGUGCCACAUUCAAAGCAGGUUGAACAAGAGCAAAAAGCUGAAAAACUGAAGGAAACAACGUCAAAAUGCCCUCAUGGUUUGUAAGAGGGUCACAUCAGACCACAGGCAGGAUUUCAGAGUCCACAUGGGACUUUCUGACCAGAGUUUGUGGCCUGAAGGAGGUGAAACAUGACAAUAUGUUUACAUUGAAGAGACGAAGCUCCGUUAUGGAUGCAGGAAUUCUGACUACUGUCCACCGGGAACAAUAGAGGAAGCUGGACGCUGUUGAAGUCCACAGAGGGAGGAGGUCAGGGAUGAUGGAUGGUCAGGAAUGUUUAGCUUGACUGCUGUUUGUUUCCUGUUUUCUACACACAAUCAACAAACUUUAACCACAGAGUUACUGAGGUAUCCAUGGAUUAAUAAGAAGAGGACAUUGACAACAUU